AUGAGCGAUUUCGAUGAUUUUUACGGAGGUACCGGUGGCGAAUCGUUGACGUUUGUUGAUAGUGAAGCCGAUGAUAUUCCUUGCAUCUCACAGGACUCGGAAUUUGACUUCAAUACGCAAUUCUAUGCAAACUCACAAGGCAGCCAGCCGUUUCAAGGAACUCAACAAACGAAUGACAACACCGAUAUUCAAUUCAACGAGGAGGACGUACAACUCACAGAAUUGCCCGAUCAUGCUUGCCGCUACUGUGGCAUUCACGGUCCAAAAUGUGUUGGUCAAUGCACACAGUGCCACCGUUGGUUUUGUAACGGAAAAGGAGCAACGAGUGGUUCGCAUCUAGUCCAUCAUCUUGUUCGGAGUCAACACAAAGAAGUGUGCCUGCAUAGAGAUUCGUUGCUCGGAGAGACCCAAUUGGAGUGCUAUCAGUGUGGCUCAAAAAACGUUUUCUCGCUGGGUUUUAUCCCGGCUACUGCGGAUGCUCUCGUUGUUAUUUUGUGCCGCUCUCCAUGUGCACAACAAGCUAAGGAUAAUGGAUGGCAGAACGAGGAAUGGAAGCCGCUUAUUCAUGAGAGAGGCUUAUUGAAAUGGUUAAUCGAUGUACCUGAUCAACAAUUGCAACAACGGGCUACACAAGUUUCAGCAGCUCAAAUUGCACGAUUGGAAGAGUUAUGGAAAGAUAAACCAAAUGCAGGACUUGAAGAUUUGGACCGUCCUGGAUUUGGCGCUGACCCUGAUCCUGUACAGUUGAGGUACGAAGAUGCUUAUCAUUAUCGACGUAUUUUUGGACCACUAGUGCAAGCAGAGGCAGAUUUUGAUCGCCGUAUGAAAGAAUCACAGACGCAAUCAGUCGGACAUGUUCGCUGGGAUGUCGGUCUCAAGAAAAAGCAUCUUGCAUUCUUUCAUCUCCCUAAAUUUCAAGAAGGAAACAUGAAAUUGGUGAUUGGUGACGAGCUCCGGUUGAAGCAUUGCCUCACAGUUGACAAAGAAUGGUGGUGCUGUGUUGGACAAGUGUUUAAAGUUCCCGACAAUCAUUCGGAUGAAAUUGGUAUCGAGAUGCGAGCCGGUAUUCAGGAAAAAAUGCCAACUGACCCAAGAAUUAACUUCACGUGUGAGGUUGUCUGGAAUUCGAUUUCUUUUGAUCGAAUGAUGAGUGCCUUGUCAACUCUGGAGCGUGAUGAGAAAUCGGUCUCCCAAUACAUCUACCAUAAAUUGAUGGGUCACGAUAUCGAUGAUAUUCUCUUCAAGGUCAAACCACCUCGGCGCUUGUCUGCUCCAGGUCUUCCCGAGUUGAAUCACAGUCAAAGCCAUGCCGUGAAGGCCGUUUUGGAGAGACCGCUUUCGCUGAUCCAAGGGCCACCUGGAACUGGAAAAACUGUCACAUCCGCAACGAUCAUUUAUCAUCUUGUAACCCAAGCAGCAUCAGAUCAGCCACAACAAGUGCUCGUUUGUGCCCCAUCAAACAUUGCUGUUGAUCAAUUGGCGGAAAGAAUUCAUCGCACUGGAUUGAAGGUGAUUCGCAUGUGUGCAAAAAGUCGUGAAACUCUUGACAGUACCGUGGAAGCGCUCACACUACAUAAUCAACUUGUAUCGUUGAAAGGAGCUGCUGAGUUGCAAAAAUUGCAUCAGCUAAAGCAAGAGAUGGGAGAACUUUCAGCACAAGAUGAAGUUCGAUACAGAAAGUUAAAGGAUAUCAAAGAACGUCAGCUCUUGCAGGCAGCGGAUGUGAUUUGCUGUACUUGUUCCACUGCCGCUGAUCCCCGUCUACAAGGAUUGAAACUUAAAUGUGUGUUGGUCGACGAGUCAACGCAAGCAACUGAACCAGAAGUCUUGACGGCUAUUGUUCGUGGAGUUCGCCAAUUGAUCCUCGUCGGAGAUCAUUGUCAACUGGGACCCGUUGUUCUUUGCAAGAAGGCUGCAAUGGCUGGAUUUUCGCAAUCUCUCUUUGAACGUCUCGUACUACUUGGGAAUCGACCCAUUCGUUUACAAGUUCAAUACCGAAUGCACCCGUCUUUAUCAUCAUUCCCAAGUAGUGUUUUUUAUGAAGGAUCGCUUCAAAAUGGAGUCACUGAAGAUGAGCGCACAAUGAGAGGUGUUGAUUGGCAAUGGCCUGUUCAGACGAAGCCAAUGAUGUUUUGGACUUGUUAUGGACAAGAAGAAAUGGCAGCAUCGGGAACUUCUUUUCUUAAUCGCACGGAAGCGGCAAACGUUGAAAAGCUAGCAAGUCGCUUAGUUCGUGGUGGAAUGCGACCCGAACAAAUUGGAAUCAUCACUCCAUAUGAGGGGCAGCGAUCGUUUAUCGUUCAAUUAAUGCAUAAUCAAGGCUCGCUACCUUCAAAGAUCUACGAGGAGAUGGAAAUUGCCAAUGUUGAUGCUUUUCAAGGGCGAGAAAAGGAUGUCAUCAUUGUCACAUGUGUGCGCUCCAAUGAAACUGGUGGCAUCGGCUUUUUGAAUGAUCCACGUCGUUUGAAUGUGGCCAUCACCCGUGCAAAAUACGGAUUGGUUAUUAUCGGAAACGCGAAAGUUUUGGCGAGAGAACCGCUAUGGAACGAAUUGCUGAAUCAUUUUAAGGAGCGCAAUCUGAUUGUUGAAGGUGCUCUCAACAAUCUGAAAACAUCACUUGUACAGUUACCACGACCGAAACCUCAAACUGUAAAUCCGGCAUAUCCCAGUGCCCGUUUUACUGCGAUGAAUCAGCGUCAGAUGUACACAUUACGAGAGUAUAAAGGAGAAGUUAACAAAGGUGCAUUUCUUGAUCCGGGAGCGACAGUUACAAAGAAUACACUUCGAUCCCUGCAUGCUCAACUCCCCGUUCCACUACAUAUGGUGAACCUUGGAGGAAAUACGGCCGCUUCUCAAUCAAAUGCAAACACCCCAUAUACCCGCGGCAAGAGCCGUGGCGUCAAAGGAAACGCCGCUUGGCCACCAGUUGGGCCAUCUUCCGGACUUGUUUCUUCUGCGGCCUCUCUUACCGACACCUAUGUUUCGCAAAAUAGUCAGGAUUUCUAUGGUGAUCAACCGUGGGCCUCGCAAGACACCUUGCAAUCCCAAUCACAACAGUGGCAUCAAACACCUGGAUAUGGAAGAGACGGACAAUCACAGAUGGUGAGCCAAGACGAUGCUGUUGGUGGCCUUUCACAACUUGGUCCACAAAUUGAAACCCAUUCUCCACUAUUCUACAUCGUUUUUUUGGACGUGGAAACAUUUGGAGGUAUAAAUCAUCUCAGCUUUUCAAUUGAUUACGUCAGCCGACAAGUACGAUGCCAACCGAUUCGAAUCUCUGAAAAGCGAGCUACGGAACGAAAAGUUAUAGAUCCUAUU